AUGCCUCCGAGACUAAGAGGACGUGGCAAGGGUCCCAUGCGUGGAGGACCGUCAUCUGCAGGACCAUCUCACAGACGCACUCCAUCGGCGUCUUUUUCCACCUCUGACUCUCGCGAUAUGUGGGGUCAACCAUUCGAGCCGGCAAGACACUCAGUCUCGCUCAGCUCUUCGCCAUCUUUUCAUCCGUCUUUCGGACCAUUUGCUCCAAAUGAGCCUGAACACUCUCACCAUUCGGACCAAUCUCACCAUUCGCAUGAAUCAUACCCAUCGCAUAACUCUUUGCAAUCUCAUUCAUUUCAUCAUUCUGAAUCCCCCUACUCUCCAAGACAAUUCAACCCAGCCGACUAUGUGAACGACUUCCUUGGCUAUAACCCAUUAGGCCCUGAGGACCAUUUCUCUCAGGAAAUGGAGAUGGAUGAUGACCCCGACCCGGAGAUGCAAACAGGAACCCCGGGCCACCCUAUCAGCAUAUCUAGUGGCUCUCCGGCUCAACCACCUUUAGAUGAUCCUCAACUUCAAGCUGUCUCACCACCACCACUCCCGGUAGAGGAACCACCACAGCAACCACCGAAACCACCUCCCGAGCCUCUGAGGCGAAGAAGGAAUGCCCGCAUGUCCGUUAGAGGAGGACCCCGUUUCAGUUCUCCUAGAGGAUCGAGUUCCUAUCCCCCUAUUCCAGAGUACCUUCAGAUGGGUGGGCCCUCAAACGCGGCACCGGAGGAUAAUCCUCCGCAAGCUUCUUAUGCACCACCUAUGCCGCCUGUGGGAUUUGAUAACCCAAUUCCGACAUACCCAGGUUCUUCCGGGUAUAAUCCUUAUGGAGACCCGUCAGGAUAUCCAUUGGGCUAUGGAACUCAUGACCCAUAUCUUACGGUUGCGCAGUAUCACCACCUUUAUCCUUCUACUUACCCUCCUAUGCCUCCAACUGACUACCCAAUUCAGGGUUAUCAGUAUCCUCCAUAUCAGCCACCUCCUUUCCAGCAACUACAGCAGCAGCAACAAACUCAGGAAAUCUUAGAGAGGUUGGAUAAGGUUGAGCAUAAAACAAAGAAGAACAAGGAGAGGCAUACUAGCUUCAUGAAAGGCCUCGCCAACCUUAUCAAGGGGAAGAAGAAAUAG